AUAUGUUUCAGUGUGUUUAAGAACGUUACGACAGCAAUACGUAAUACUUGACACCACUUUCAUUUCAUUUGAUUUAACAUAAAUUUAAAAACAAGUUUGCAGCAAAACCAAAGGGACAAAAUGGAAUCAAAAAGUUCUUUUGAUUCCAAUUGUAUGUCUUUAACUCGUUUUGUUCUUGCUGAACAACGAAAAGUACCAACUGCAACUGGUGAUCUCUCACAAUUGUUGAAUAGCAUUCAAACAGCUGUGAAAGCUAUCAGCUCAGCUGUAAGAAAAGCCGGUAUUGCUAACAUGUAUGGAAUUGCUGGCACAACAAAUGUCCAAGGGGAAGAAGUAAAAAAGUUGGAUGUACUCAGCAAUGAAUUAUUCAUUAAUAUGGUAACAUCCUCAUUCACCACAUGUUUACUUGUUAGUGAAGAAAAUCCAACAGCCAUUGAAGUCGAUUGUGAGAAACAUGGAAAAUAUAUUGUUUGUUUUGAUCCACUUGACGGAUCAUCCAACAUUGAUUGUCUAGUGUCCGUGGGAUCUAUUUUUGGAAUCUAUAGAAAAUCCGAUAAUACCGAAAUGCCAUCAGUUAAAGAUGCCCUUCAGCCAGGUAGAAAUUUAGUUGCUGCUGGUUAUGCACUUUAUGGAUCUGCCACAAUGAUGGUUCUCUCAAUUGGUCAAGGUGUUAAUGGAUUCACUUAUGAUCCAGCCAUUGGAGAAUUUAUAUUGACCGAGAGAAACAUGCAGAUACCAAAGAAAGGAAAAAUAUACAGCAUCAAUGAAGGUAACGAAAAAUCAUUGGGUCCAGAGAUUAAGGAAUAUAUUCAUUCAAAAAAGUAUCCGACCAGUGGAAAACCAUACAGUGCACGGUACGUUGGUUCAAUGGUCGCCGAUGUACACAGGACAAUAAAAUAUGGAGGGAUUUUCAUGUAUCCGGCGACAAAUGAUAAUCCAAAUGGAAAACUUCGUUUGCUGUAUGAAUGCAUUCCAAUGGCAUUUAUAGUAUCUCAGGCAGGAGGUCUUGCAUCUAAUGGCGAAGUAGAUAUUUUAGACAUAAUUCCAUCAAAUAUUCAUCAGAGAUCUGCCAUUUUCUUGGGAUCAAAAGAGGAUGUAGAAGAUGUAUUACAACAUAUUAAAAAACAUAAAAGCAAAUAAAGUGACGCGUCUGAAAAAAAUUUGAAAUUUUCUUUUUUAUAAUGUAUAAUGUUGAAGAUAUUUCUAAUAAAGUUGUGUAAAUCUGUUAAUAUUA